GGUUCCUGCUGCUCCUCGGGGGCCGGGGGCUGUCCCCGGGGAUGUCCCCAGGGCUGUCCCCGGGGCUGUCCCCGGGGGGGUGCGAGGAGCGCGAGGCCUGGCUGGGCCCGGGGGGCUCCCCCCGGCCGUGUCCCCACGGAGCCCCCCGCCGAGGGAGCGGCCCCGGAGCUCCGAGAGCCCCCGACGGAGGAUGACAUCUACUGCCGCUGCCUGUCGCGCACCCUGUGCCACACGGCCACGCCCGUCACCGUCGGCUUCUACGCGCCCUGCGGCCACCGCCUGGAGUCCCUGCUGGCCAAGGUCACCGCCUUCAUGCGGGAGGAGAUGGUGCAACGCGAAGCCGCCGAGCUGCGCCGGGCCACCGCAAAGCCGCGCAGCCCCCACGGCUGGGGCCUGCUGGAGGCCCUGUGGCUCCUGGCCUUCUACGAGCCCGUGGUGACCGAGGGCCACCUGCGCAGGAAGAACCUGGAGUUCAUCUUCAUCCGCUUCAGCGCCUGGGAGUUCGCGGGCUGCGACAAGCUCUGGGCGGGGCUGGUGACCACGCUGUGCCACCACGUCCGGCAGCACUUCGGCGCCUUGCCGCUCAGCGUCUUCCACGUGCUGGGCUCGCGGCCGCGCUUCGCCUCGGGCUUCUCGCAGCGCGAGUGGGUGCUGAAGAAAGGGACCUGCCUGCGGCUCUGGGGGCUGCUCCUGGUGCUGGCCGUGGGCAUCGCCAUCCUCCUGGUGGCCCUGCUGGUGCCGGGCAUCAAGGACCACCACGCGCUCAAGGUGGUGGGCAGCGCCGUGGCGUCGCUGUCGGGCUCCUCGCUGGUGCUGGGCGCCUUGUCCAUCCUCAAGAACUUCCUGGUCAGCGAGAAGAAGAAGAUCGAGCGCCUGACCAACAGCGACAGGUUCGCCGGGCAGCUGGGCUUCAUGAGCAAAAUCCGCGACGAGGUGGAGGUGUUGGUGGAUUAUUUGGCUUUCAUGGAGGUCUUCGAGCGCCGGCGGCUGCGCGUGGUGCUGGAGAUCACCAGCCUGGACCUCUGCUACCCGGAGAAAGUGGCCGGAGUGUUCAACGCCAUGGCCACGCUGCUGUCGGACGCCAACGCGCCCUUCAUCUUCCUGCUGGCCGUGGACCCCAGCGUCAUCGUGCCGUGCCUGGAGCAGACGGGCUGCAUGAAGGGGCUGGCGGACAACGGCUACCUGUACCUGAACCGCGCCGUCACGCUGCCCUUCUCCAUCCCCGAGAUGGGCGCGCGCUCCCGCCUGCGCAGCGUGGCCGCCGCCAUCCAGACGCGCGAGGACCUCAUGUACCGCAUCAUCGCCGGCAACGUCGCCAAAACCCGCGGCGGCGGCUGCUGCGGCGGCGGCGUUCCGGAGGCGCCCAGCUGGAAGGAGGCGGAUUCCGAGGCGGUGGCGUGGAUCCACGAGGCGUUCCGCUGCCUCCACGACGCCUCCGACGUUUUGAGCCGCUACCUGCCGGAGAACGGCGCCAACGUCCGGCGCAUCGUCAACACCAUCCCCAUCACGCUGCGGCUGCUGCUGCACCGCGCCGCCGGCGCCGCCGCCGUGCCCUCGCCCCGCGCCGCGGCCGCCUGGGUGGUGCUGGCCGACCGCUGGCCCUGCCGCCUCAGCUGGGCGCUGCAGUGCCUGGAGGACGCCGGGCAGGGCGCGGCGGCGCCGGGCGGCGCGGCUCGGUCGCUCUGGAGCGUCUUCCAGGAGCACGCGGGCGAGCUGAGCGCGCUGCGGCAGCCGCUGGGCAAGGUGCUGAGCCUGGACGGCGACCCCGAGCUCUUCCAGGCCUUCCUGGCGCGGGAUUUCCCCUUCGGCGCCGGCGAGGCGCGGCAGCUGCUCGGCGUCACCGUCAACCUGGACCACUCCAUCCGGCAGCAGAUGGGGCUGCUGCGGGCGCUGGCGCGGCUGGGCAGAGGCAUGCCCGUGUCCCGCGGGGUGCAGUGCCCCGGUGCCCGGUGAGCCCGGCUGGGAACGGGAUUGGGAUCGGGAUUUGGCGAUUUGGGAUUUGGGAUUGGGGUUUGGGAUCAGGAAUGGCAUCAGGAUUUGGAACGGCAUUGGGAUUUGGAUUGAGAUCAGGAUCAAGAUUUGUGACUUGGGAUCAGGAAUGGCAUCGGGAUUUGGAAUUGGGAAUUUGGGGAUUUGGGAUUGGGAUCAGGAAUGGCAUCGGGAUUUGGAACGGCACUGGGAUUUGGGAUUGGCAUCAGGAUUUGGGAUUGAGAUCAGGAUCAAGAUUUGUGACCUGGGAUCAGGAAUGGCAUUGGGAUUUGGAAUGGCAUUGGGAUUUGGGAUCAGGAGUGGCAUCAGGAUUUGGAGCAGCACUGGGAUUUGGGAUUGGCAUCAGGACUGGGGAUUGGGAAUGGCAGCAGGAUUUGGGAUUGAGAUCAGGAUCAAGACUUGUGACUUGGGAUCAGGAAUGGCAUCGGGAUUUGGGCUUGGGAUUUGGGGUUUGGGAAUUUGGGAUUGGGAUCAGGAAUGGCAUCGGGAUUUGGAAUGGCAUCAGGAUUGAGGAUUUGGGAUCAGGAUUGAGGAUUUGGGAUCAGGAUCGGGAUUGGGGAUCAGGAU